AUGGUCUUGAAAUUUGAGAAUUUUGUGGAGAUCUAUAUUAUCAAAUUUUCUCCUCAGGACUCUGUGAUUGUUGAGGAUGUGGCCGUGGUCUUUAGCCAGGAAGAGUGGGCUUUGCUGGAUCUUGUUCAGAGGAAACUCUACAGAGAUGUGAUGAUAGAAACCUUCAGAAACCUGGCCUCAGUAGUCUCUCAUAACAUUAAUAGUGGAGAAAAGUUACCUAGUGAGCAAGUAAUGGUUCGAUUCAUCAAGAAUAGUACCUGGUCCUCCAUGUUAGAAGUCUUCAAACGGCAUGUCAAUAAAGAUCAACGUAAAAACCAGGGAAGACAUUUACGAAAUCAUAUGGUAGAGAACCUCUGUGGAAGUAAUGAAAUCAAUCAAUGUGGGAAAACCGUCAUCCAGAUUCCCAAUCUUACUCCGUUAAAAGGAAAUCCUCCAGAAGUAAAUCCUAUUGAAUACUGUGAAUUUGGAAAUGCUUUCAUGGAUCAUUCAUCCUAUAAACAUCAUAGCAGAUCUCACAAUGGAUGCAAUACCUGUUCGUGUAAGAAAUGUGAAGAUGCCUACAAUUGUCCUUCUACCCUUAUCACUCCUGUAAGAACUGUUAGUAGGAAAAAAAUACAUAAAUGUAAGGUAUGUGGGAAUGAUUUCAUUUAUAGUUUAUCUCUACAAAAUCCUGUGACAACACUCACUGGUGAGAAACGCUAUAAAUGUAAUAAUUGUGGAAAACAUUUAUGUACUUUCUUAUCCUGUCGGACACACAUGAGCAGUCAUAAGCGUGAAUGUAAAGAAUGUUGUCAAACCUAUAGUCUUCAAUCACUCAUUUUACAUAAAAAAAUUCAAAACAGUGCUAAGCCUUAUGAUGAAUGUAAGGAAUGUGGGAAAGCCUUUAGUGAUUCCUCAUCCCUCAGUCAACAUACAAGAACUCACAGUGUAGUGAGGCCUUUUGAAUGUAAGGAAUGUGGGAAAGCCUUUAGUGAUUCCUCAUCCCUCAGUCAACAUACAAGAACUCACAGUGUAGUGAGGCCUUUUGACUGUAAGGAAUGUGGGAAAGCCUUUAGGUGUUCAUCAAACCUCACUACUCAUAUCAGAACUCACAGUGGAGAGAAGCCUUUUAAAUGUAAAGAAUGUUGGAAAGCCUUUAGUGAUUCCUCAGCCCUCAGUACACAUAUAAGAACUCACACUGGAGAGAGACCCUAUGAGUGUAACAAAUGUGGGAAAGCCUUUAGUCGUUCUUCAUCCCUCACUACACAUAUAAGAAUUCACAGCGGAGUUAGACCUUAUGAAUGUAAGCAAUGUGGGAAAACCUUUAGUCAGGCCGCACACCUAACUACACAUAAAAGAACUCACAGCGGAGAGAGACCUUAUGGGUGUAACAAAUGUGGGAAAGCCUUUAGUGACUCCUCAGCCCUUAGUACACAUAUAAGAACUCACAGUGGAGAGAAGCCUUAUAAAUGUAAGGAAUGUGGGAAAGCCUUCCGUGAUUCCUCAACCCUCACUGCACAUAUAAGAACUCACACUGGAGAGAAGCCCUAUGAAUGUGAUGAAUGUGGGAAAGUUUUCAGUCGUUCUUCAUCCCUCACUACACAUAUAAGAACUCACAGUGGUGUUAGGCCUUAUGAAUGUAAACAAUGUGGAAAAGCCUUUAGUCAGGCUUCACACCUCACUACACAUAUAAGAACUCACAGCAGAGAGAGGCCUUAUAAAUGCAAGGAAUGUGGGAAAGCCUUUAGUGAUUCCUCCGCUCUUACUACACAUAUAAGAACUCACAGUGGAGAGAGGCCUUAUGGAUGUAAAGAGUGUGGAAAAGCCUUUAGUAAAUCAUCAAACCUCAAUACACAUAUAAUAACUCACAAUGGACAGAAAUCUUAUGAAUGUAAGAAAUGUUGUUAG